ACCAUUUAUUUACAGUCGUGAUUUUCAAUCAUUUUACCAAAUUGAUCUUGGGAACAUUCAACUGCAUUAGGGCCUACAUGUAACGUUACGCCUAUUAGUAUUACACAGUAACUUAGGAAAGAGUUCCAUAGACGGACAACACUAAUUUUCCAGUUAGGGUAUUCUGUAAUUACUCCGUUGGGCCUUUAACGGCCGCCAGAAAGUGAUGUCCUAGAACGUGAAAUUUAGCUCAGAAAAUGCGGCAGCAUUUCCUUAGAAAACACUUUCCCAGGCUUGUGCACAGAGGCAUCAAGUGUUGUCCGUAUAUACACUGUAUGGAAAUCUUUCCAUGAUAAAUCUAUUCGUAAAGAUUUCUCAGCCAGCUUUUGAUCAGCUAGAAAUACAUGCUAUGAGGCCAGGCCUAUGCUAUGACUAUGAGGCUGCCUUUUUCACAUUUCAUGUGCACAAGCUCAGGAGACUUAACAGAGCGGAACAAAUUCAUGACAACUGUGUUGCGUAAUGUUCGGCGAAUGGUUGCUCACGAUUCUUAUUGUUGUAGACAAUUUUUUCCCCUUUAGCUUUGUUCACUUACUUACUUACACGGGGGCACUAAAAUCAACAUGGUGAUGGAACGGGAAAUUGGCUUGUGUGUCAACAUGUUGACCGUCGGUUUGUAUGGGGGGCCAACAUAUGCAGAAAACAUGCCCUCGGUUGACAAUAGCUUCUGCCUCAAAAUACCAAUUACCUUGAGUGAGGAACGUACACAUACAACAUUUGGUGGUAAGCUAUACAUGUACAUGCAUAGUUCAUGUUAUUGCCAUGAUAUAGUAACUGCCUGAGAUCGUUUAACGCUUUGAAAUAUUUUUCUUUUUUACUGACAAAGUGACUGAUGUCAGCCGGUCAGACAGUUUGUCGACCACUGGUUGGCAUAGAUUAACACGGUGUUAACUUGUAGUAAAAGAAAAGAACAGUUUGUACAUGUAUUACAAACUAACCAUUGCAUGUCUCAUUUUUCAUCUCUGCCGGAGGUGAAAACUUUUCUAUAAAUAAGAGGUACAAUGCAAACGUAUGCAUACAAAUUCACUUUAUGUACAUGUACAGUGUACAGUUCAUGCAGACCCAUGAGUGCAGAGAGGGGCGCAGCUCCUCAGGGGGGGGGGAAGAGAAAGGGCAAAACACUCCUCAGUAGCAGACAAACCAUUUUUGAAUGUGUGAGCCCAUUAAUGAAUCAUACAGCGGUGAAGAUACAUUUUAUAUGUACCUUAUAAGUUAGCAUUAUAAUCGGGAAAAUCUUGGCAUGAUGAGAAAGGGUAUCGUGUUCUCCCUCCUUUGCUUCUCCUCUUUUGCUUCUCCUCUUGUCCACUUUUUUAGGGGGGGCAAAGGGAUUGGUAAUGCAUAUGGCUAUUUGCCGGCUUAUUAUGCACCCAGCGCAAAAAUGAGCUCGAAUUUAAUUUGCAUCACUUGGCAUUGGCGGCGAAAUUUCACCUUGGUCGAAGUGCAUUCAACUUUUUCGAAUUUGCACUUGUCUUGUCAGGAGGUCACACAUUCUCUAUUCUGAUGGCGCCAAUUAUUAUGAACCAUCUCAAAAGUGCACACUAUUCAACUAGGAUUUAAAUCUUUGAUCAGGUUUCUAUAAGCCAAAAUUAAGAGUACAGUGAAGCAUAAUUUAGUGUCAGGGACUUGCUGUGUCCGACUGUCUUCACGUAAUGUGUGCAUGUACAUGACUGUAUAGGUGUAGGCCUAUUAGUUUUCCUAAAAUUUGAUGUUAAGUGAUGAUCCCAGCCUCCGUUCAACUUUGGUGUUUGGCAAUUAUUGACUUGUCUUUUACCUUCGACCCCGACUAAUAAAACACAAGGAUUCUUCACAAAUCUACCAUGGCAAAGGUAAACAGUGAACCUUUGAGCUUAAAUAGAGCGUGAUAGAGUUCUGUAAUCUUCACCUACAUGUAUCUUCCAUAGAAUUCAGUCUUGGUCUAUUUGCCGAGUCUGAUUGGUGAAAAAUAGCAUUCUUUUGCUAAUAGAAUCAAAAAGGUCAGCAGUCAGUGGCUAUCGGAGGAGUUUGUUUUGACAGAUAAGCCACUCAUUUUGCUAGAAAUGAUCGCAAUUGUUGUGGCACAUCAUGUCAGCUCUGGAAUUUGGAUCCCAUUGACGUCAUUUCAACCUUGCACUUAUACACGGUGCCUUCAGGUUUUGCUCCCUUCAUAAGAGUUUCCCUUGGAACAGUUUAAUGAUUGGUAAACAGAAUCAUUUUGCACGUUGUAAAUCCAGUCCAGGAAGACAUCGGGCGCACCAUCACAAGACUCCACGGGACUGUUUUCAAGGUCACAUGUCAAACUUCAGACCAAUCAGAUUGGGACUUAAUUGCUCUUUUUCUUUAGUUCUGCAUGUGUUGGAUUAUUCAAUGACAAUUUCUAGAUAUCAUGAUUUAAAGUGUUAGUAACAUGGUCCAGAAAGUCUGCCAAACCUGAGGGAUGUAUCGUUGUUUUAUUUUUUGAUUAGUUUUAAUUUGAUUCUUAUUUCCCCCAAUCCAGACAUUUUCCAGCUUAGUUUACUGAAUUUCUAUUGCCACACAUAACGUUCGUAAGUGGUUAGAGCCGUGUGAGAGCUGUAAAGCAUGUAAUACAUGUAAUAUGGAGCCCGAAAUCACACCGCUUGUUUUCAUCGCACGUACAGAGCUAACCGUGGAGCGCACUUGUUUGCAGACUUUACAUGUACAACACACUCUUUCAAGGGUGUUGAGUCUUGUUUAUGUUCAAAUUAACCAGUUCGGUAUUCCAAAAAGAGUAAGGUCAUUCUGGAACAAAGCAUGAGUCUGCAUAGAACCGCACUGAUGGGCAUGGCAGACACUGAUUUCUAUUUUAGAUCAGUGAUGGCAGACCUCGCAUGCGUGUCCGAAUGACCUUGCACGCACUUCAUUUUGGGCAUGCGCUGUUUGAAUAGUCAACUGACUCAUUCUGAUGAUGGCUCUUCAAAGUUACGUCGUGUAUCCUGAAGAGUUCAGAACGCCAAACUGUGAUGUCAGAUCAAAUAUUUGUGCUGCAAAUUUCAACUCAAGUGAUUAGGCACGUGCCCCCAUGAGCUUGUGCACAUAAGGAACAAUGUUUUCAACUACUGCUGAAAUGCAAAGUGCUUUCCAAAUUCCUGCACUUGCAUUUUUUUUCCCUGUGGUGGUGGGAGGGUAUACAAAUGAUCACAUCCGAAUUACAGGUUAUAAAAACCGAAAGUACUUUUGGAAAUAUAUAUCAAAUCCAAACCCAACGCUUCUACCAGGAUUGCCAUCACUGGCAUCAUAACAAAUACAUGUAUGCCAAUUUGAUAUGCACAAGAAGAUUCCACCACAUGUAGCAAGUUGCCAAUAUACAUAUACAUGUACAACUUCGUGUACAGUAGACUGCCAUACUACACGUAUACCAUACACUGUACAUGUACAUGUAGUUGGGCUGGCCUAACUAUAGCACUUCAGUUAGCACUGUGCCAGCUAUAACCAAUAUCAUAUUCAGGACGUAACUUUGACAAUAUUACAUAUACAGUAAUGCGAUAUUAACAAAACAGAUAUGUGCCCGUAAGUGAUAACAAUGCCUCACAUAAACUCAACUUCUCAUGAUUCUCUUCCAAUACAUUUGGUUGUUUUUAUGCUCUGUAAAUGUAAUAAAUGCCAGGCAUCUCUUUGUGAAAUACAAAUGGAAUGACUGCAGGUCAGAUAGAAAAAAACAAACAAACAAAUAAACAAACAAACCAAAAAGCAAAUCAAGAUUCUGAAAUAUAGAUUUUGUCUACAUUUUGGGAACAUUUGCAAACAAAUUUUAGAACUUCAUUUUUAAACAUCACAUUCAUUUUUAUUUUCAGUCCACUGAGGUGGGAAUGACAUGGAAUGAGAAAUGAUACAUAAAAUUUGAAUCAAAAAGGAUCGAGGCAAAAUUCGGGCAUUUAAACAUUGUUUUGUGACAAACAACUGUUUCUAAUUAUGAAGAAUAUCUAAUAUUUUCCAUCAAUGCUCUCCUCUCUGUCCACUCUUUCAUCUUGCCUUUUGAGGAGCCAGUGUCUGAGAAUAAAGUGAUAUAAAGCAAGAUGCUCAGAGAUACAACCAUGGAGGAGGCUCAAGCAGUCAUCAGCGAUCGCAUCCGAGCUGCCACUAUCAAGAGAAUUCAAAAAUAUGAGCAACUCAAAGGUAAAAAAGUUGGUGAUUUUCCAUUCUGGGACAUUGUCGUGAUUAGUUCCAUGGACACAUCUCAGAAGCUGGCCUAUGAACUGCAGCUGCAGGAGAAAUUGGACAAUGAGGAACUACCCCUGGGUGUGGACUAUUAUGUCAUUGCUGACCCUGGCACAGAAAAGAUUGGUGGUGGUGGAUCUAUGAUGGCCAGUCUGCAGUGUCUCAGAGAGACCUAUCAGAAGGAUCUUGAGACAAAGAAAGUCCUGAUUAUGCCAGCUGGGGGUUACAGCCAGCGCCUCCCUAAUGCCAGUCUCCUGGGCAAGAUGUUCCUCAGCAUUCCCCUUGGUGACCCCUUCUACACGAUGUUUGACCUCAAGUUAGCGCUGUCCAUUGACUUCCCGGCAAAGAUGUCAGCAGGAGUAUUCCUGGGGGUGUCUGACUGUAUUGAGUUGUAUGUCGAUGAAGACUCCCCCAAUUGGUCCUUCGAUGAGCGAGGGGUGACAGCUCUGGGGCAUCCCUCACCUAUCAGCAUUGGCACUGGGCAUGGGGUGUUCGUUGUCCCCACAAGGCAGGCCAACUCCCCCUCAGUGGAGGUUGUGGCUGUGGAGGAGUUCCUGCACAAGCCAACUGUGGAAAUCAUGCAGGAAAAGGGAGCUGUCUUGGGCAAUGAUUUUUGCUCUGGCAUCGGCUCAGAGGAAAAGAUGGUCCUGACUGACAGCUGCUACUACAUGGAUUUCACCACUGCGAUGAAGUUACUGGAGUUGUACAAUGAUGAGUCACCACUGCGUUGUGAGAUUGAUUGCCAUGGGGAUUUCCUGCAGCCCCUGGGCCUACGUGCCACUUCAGAGUACAUUAAAAACACCUCCAAUGUCACCAAGGUCACUGACAGCCUGAUGAGUAUGCGGCAGAAGGUCUUCGAUGUUCUCAAAGGGACGCCUCUCAGUGUCGCUGUCAUGCAACACUCUCGUUUCUACCACUUGGGCACCAUCAAUGAAUAUUUGGAUCACAUGUGCAACCUGACGCCUCUCGCAAAAGAGCUGGGUCUUGGCACUCACAUGUACAAGCCAGACGGCCCCGAUGAUGGCACAUGUACUUCAGGCACAUCACGUAUUCAGGCUUCGGGAAAAUGCACAGCAUCAGCAUGUGUCAUGAAUUCCAUCUGCCCAAAAGGGUUCCAGGUUGAAGAAAGGAGCUUGGUUGAGUACUGUGAUUUCCAGAUGCCAGUGAGUAUACACAGCAACAGCAUUGUGAGUAGUUGCUGUGUGGGGAGCACGCCAGACCAAAAGCUAGUCACUGUCCCCAAGGACACCUUUCUUCACACAGCUUGUAUCUCUGAUGGCAAGGCCAAAAGGCAGUUUGUCACCGUUGCCUUUGGAACCCAGGACAAUCUGAAGAAAGAGGCCAGCAUUGAAGAGCUGUCCAUGUUCGGCAAGCCGUUCAAAGACAUCUGUGGGACAGAUCUGGAUAUGGCCAGCAAGUGUCUCUUCCCAGAUGGGACCACUCAGAGCUUGUGGCAUGCUAAGCUGUUUCGGCCAGCUGACAAGAUGGAAGACUCCUUCUCCUCUACCAUGAGUCUCAUGGAGAGAGUGCUGAGCGAAUCACCAUUGCAACCCUCUCUGAGUGAAUGGGAGGGCUGUCUCUCUAUGGCUGACCUCAUCCAGUCUAAGGACAUUUUCAAGAUGCUUGAAUUCAGGCGGGAGUUGAGAAAAAAAAUGCAGCUGAGUACUAACAACUGAACAAAAGAGAUUCAGAGCUGAAAGGUUUAUUUGGUAAAUACACUUCCAGCAAUUUACUACCGGAAAAUACUGUUAGUUGAAUUUGGUAAGCCAAGCCUUAAAUUUUAACAAUUAAAUAUAACAGGGUGUCAUAUUUUGUUCUCAUUUAAAAGUUUGUCCUGCAGUGUAACUGGAAUUAAUUUGGUCAAAAUAGUUAUGUAAAAAGACAUGAAUAAUAUGUAUAAAUUGGACUAGUUAAAUAUACAUAUUUGGAUGUUAUGAAUAUUGUCAGUCUUCUUAUCCUUUUAAAAUCUUUGCUGAUAUUUACUGGCUUAUUAUAAAACUUAAUCCUGCCUUUGUAAGAAAACACUUUGUUAAUGUGUGUGGAGUGGGACUCCACUUGCAGUAUUCCCGUACAUGUACUUUCAUUUUUGUUCUUUUGUGCACUUGAUGUUUUCAAUGUAAACCGCUCUGUGUGAUUUCACUAUGUUUGAUUAUAUUGCAAUGGGCACACCCACCGUGCUCGUAUUGAAUGACACAGACACCGAGUUGCAAGUGGUUACUCCAGCACAGCCCUUUCGCAGAAAAAGGGGGAGCUCUCUUUGGGAGUUUUUUGUUCUGUUUGUUGCUCGGUGAUUGUCAUGGAAGUACAGAAAUGCAAGUUCCUAAAUGCCAAGUUGGACUCUGUAAUCACAUCAGCAAGGAGCCUUUCUGAAUCCCCUUGAAUCCUCCACUCUGUAGGAAACCAACUUUUGAAUAGAUUAGUUCGGUCAGAGGAUAAUUGUGCAUAUUCUGAGAACCUUCCAUCCCUGAACACAUUUUUGUUUGUCGUUGCAACGGGUCUGAUCUUGGGUGUAGUGGUGUACAUUAUUAAUAAUAUUAAUAAGGUAUUCAUUAAUGGGCUUUCAAUGGCAAUUUAAACAUUACGAUUCACAUUAAUAACGGGAGACUGUAUUGUCAACUGUUUACAUAUUUUGAAUGUAAUAAAUUUAGUUUUGAUGUGAGAAGA